AGCCCCCGUGGCCCGAGCUGCCCCUCGCGCGCGCGCCAGCGCCGCCGCUGUGCCCCGCCGGCCGCGGGCGGGAGGGCCGGCUCUGGCGCGCCCCGCCGAUCGGGGCGGGCGCGGCCGGCGCCACGGUGAGCGGCACCACGCGGUCGCCGCUGGGGGCCGCCGACACUUCCUGGCAGCGCCGCCGACAGAGCUCCGGCGCGCCGAUCGCCGCGGAGGCCCUGGGGGCGUCCGCGCUGCGGAGGCUGCAGGAUGGGCACUGAACGGCCGGUAUGCCGAGCCGGGCUUCCAGAGAUUGCUCUGGGAGGCGGUCGCCGCGGCCGGGGAGGACGAGAGCCGCCAGCGCCCGCGUGGUUGGUUGGCUCCCAGGCCCAUCCAGGACGACAUCGCCAGGGACUUCGGGCUCGAGAGCGUCGAGCAGGCACUGCAGGCCGCCGAGGAGGAGCAGGGGGCCGACCGCUGGGUGGUGUGGAGGCGGCGCCGCCGGCAGCUGCUGCUGAGCCCGAGGGAGCAGUGCGAAGGCAACGCCUUCUCGCACCUCGACGCCCCCCCUCCGCCGCCCGGCCCCGGCCUCGCCGCGGCGGCCGGCGGCGCCGCGGCGCCCGAGGCCGAGCGCGCCCGCGCCGAGGGGCCGCCGGAGGGCCUGCUGGGCUACACGCCGCGGCCAGCGGAGAGCGGCUGUGGCGGGUGGCGGGAGGCGCCGGCCGCGAGGGCCUGCCCGUGCGGGAGGGCGAGAAGCCUACCUCGGGCACAAAGGAUGGGCGACCCAAACACCACGCGCCUGGCCAGGCAUCCAAUGUUUUGCUUGGUUUCUCUUUAUGCCUCGAGGAGGACUCUCGUCACCAAAGCAAGAUUCCCAUCAGGAUCCUGGCCAAAUCGCAUCCUAGGGCAGGUUUGGGGCGCAACGUUUAUCCUCCUCCCUCUCCGCGAACGUCCGAGAGUUGAUGCUUAUGUGGUUGUCUGACCCUUUGCAAGGAGCAGCGGCUCUCCAUUGGAGCCGAGGUUGGAGGAGCACGAAGCAACUUGAGCAUAGACAGACGUUCGGAGGCCCGCGUGAAUUUCUAGGCUCGGUGCUAAACGCGCUGGCGGAGGCGCUGCAGGCGCCGCCAGGGGGAGUGGGGGUCCGAGCGCCGGCCAAAGAGAUCUGCGCGGACCUUCGACAGUUUCUAUGCCCAGGCAGGGUUAGAAUUAUGAUGUUCCAACCUACUUUAGCCUGAAUCGCCAGAAAGAAUUUCGAGCACCAAGAAAAUAUCGAAACGUGAGGGUUUUCACGUGUCGGGCACUCGGAGGCGACACUCGUUCGACACUGUUUCGAUACUCCUUUUGCGUGCCCGAAAGUAUUGUUUGGGGAUUUGGUCCAUAAGUAGGAUGGGGGCAACAUCAGAUCAGAAUCUGAGAGUGAAGAGACAAGUCGUUCCAGAGCGUGCUGAAACGCUCUCAGAGCGUUUUCAAUUUGUGUGUCCCUGGGCCCUUCAGUUCUCUUGUUCCUUCGGUCGGAGUAAGAAGACGCAUCAACUUAACUUUCGGGGCGUCGCGCGGAUUUCUUGGAUCGUCGCGGCCCCCCCCGGGCGCGCCGAUCCAGGAAGUCCGAGCGGAGCGCUGAGAGAUGGAGUUUGUGCACUUGUGCUGUUCCGAUCGCAGGGACAAAGCGGAGGCAAGAUGAAGACAAGUUCGGAUCGAGCCAAAUGUUCCGUCUGUCGUCGGUCUUCCCGGAGAGGUGGAGGAGAUCGCGCGGAAGGGCGACAGCCUCAUGUACCGGCUCCGAAGCGGUUGGGGGCCAGACAGGGGUUGGGUGAGCGUGACGUCGAGGGGCGCCGCGCUGCUGGAGCCCGUGCGGCAGGAUUUGGAGCUCUUCUGACCCGCGCCCGCUGCAAGCAGGGCCGAGAAGAGGAGGAGCCGCGAGGAGGAGGAGGAGGAGGAGGGAGGAUCGAUCGAAUCGACCCGCGCCAGGGCAAGCUGCUGCCCAACCGCCGUUUUUUCUGUUGUUUCUCAAACCACCGGCCCUCGGUCCCCUCCGCAAGCGAGGCGCCGCGCCGCGCUGCGCACGCCGCAGAGGGCGGACCCUGCCGGGCCACGCGGCCACCCCUCGGGACCUGGCCCCCCCCCGGCGUCACAAGGGCAA